CUAGUCACUUCAAUCGUAGAGAAAAGCAAGGAAGUGUUCAUUGGCAACCGGCAAAACGGAUUCUCUGGUAAUAGAAUCACGGUAAUUUUCUCACUUCGACAUGAUAUUUCAGUCAGCAUUACCCACGACCCUCGUGGAAUGGCGACUUAUAAGCCUGCAAGUCAUGGAAGUUUACAUCCCAUUGUUCCAUCAUGGCUAAAGACUUUACUGUUGCUAUCGUGGGAGGCGGAAUGUGUGGAAUCGCCUGCGCAGUCGGUUUAUCAAAGUCCGGUAUUCGGGUUGAUGUAUUCGAAGCAAGUUCGAAAUUCGAAGAGAUAGGAGCGGGGGUUGGAUUAGGUCCUAAUGCCUUACGAGCCCUCAAAGGGUUGGGAUUAUACGAUGCUGUCUUAUCUCGCUCGGAUACUGGGAGCCCUACUUUUAGACAGUUCCUAUUUUUAUCGGGAUUGGACGAGCAUAAGGUCGUGUAUGAUUAUCCUAUAGCGUCCGUGGAUGACUUGGGGCUCGCCAUAUACAGACCUGUGUUCUUGGAUGCCAUAGUCGGUCUUUUGGAUCCUAGUAUUGUCCACUUCAACAAGCGUUGUGUGUCCAUUGUGUCGACGGAAGGCACCAUGACGGUCAAUUUUACGGACGGAACGAAGCACGAAGCCGACCUGGUAAUUGGAGCUGAUGGUAUCCGAAGUGUAACAAGAGAUUAUGUCGUUGGAGAUGGCGUACAGAAGCAUUUAGAGUUCACUAAUACAAUCGCGUACAGAGGCCUCAUUUCGCUUGAAGACCUAAAGGCAGCAGGGCUACAGACGGAGCUUUCCACGCGCCCCGUUGCGUUUGUCGGAUUGAACAAACAUUUCGUUAUCUAUCCCAUUCACGGUGAUAAAAGAAUUAACGUGGUCGUUUUCGUGUCCAAGAAGGACAUCCCUUUUCGACCUGUGCUUCCAUCUCCGUGGGUAGUGACAGCCCCAGAUGGGGAGCUCCAGGACCACUUCCAAGCAUGGGGUCGCGAUGCCCGCAUAAUUGUGGACCACAUGAAAACAUCUAGUAAAUGGUCUAUACACACUCUGAACCCUCCCCUUGCAAGUUACUAUUGCGGUAGGGUAGUGCUAGUUGGCGAUGCCGCACACGGUAUGCCGCCCCAUCUUGGGGCAGGCGUUGGCCAGGGAUUUGAAGAUGUGUUUGUGCUUUGCGAAUUACUCAAGAACGAUCAAGUCACUAAGUCAAAUAUCGAGGACGCACUUCAGGCUUAUACAGAAGUGAGGUCGCCGCGUGCGAAUGGUGUGAUCGAGCGGACCAUCGAAGCCGGACAAAUCUAUGAAUCAUACCAACCAGGUAUGGAAACGCAGGAGGCGACAAAAUUGUCCAAUUUAUGGGAGCCAGUUUGGCACCACGAUCUCGAUGCAGAUGUUAAAAGAGCGAUAGAGAUGGUUUCAAAGAAUAUCCAGGUUUUCUAAGGGGCUAUAUAUGCAUGUAACGAUCGUUGCCUAUCAAUACAAUUUUCUAUG